GUAACGGUAGCGCCAGUCGCGCGCCUGGCGUCCUUGCGAAGGUUUUGUAUUUUACUGUUUCUCCGUGCACGUAGAAGAGAGUUCCGGAUCGCGGUUCCGGUUCUCGCAACGGAAAAGAGUGAGGCACGUCUCGCAGGAGGACGAUAAACGGCGAUCAUCAGUUGCUCGGUCGCUUUUAUGAUCUCGUAACCGGCCGUUACACCGUAUACGGUACGAACGUAAAGCGAGGAGAAACAAUAGCGGCGUCCGUCGACGCGUCUUCGAGGGGAAGUAGAGAAUGAGUCAAGCGGAUCAGAAUCAGGACAAAAGCAUGGACAAGAAGGAGAUCGCCGAGGAGGAGAGGGAGAAGAUGCUGAACGCCGAGAACACGAAGCACACCGGUGCCGCACCUGCUCCCGAUCUCGAGUCCGAGGAGCAGAAACCGAAGAAGAAGAUACCGAUUGGCGGCAUCAAGAUGCCCGGAUUCUGUCGUACCAAGAGCAAGGAACCGUGCAAGGACGACGAAACGAAGCCGACAGAGUCCACAGAUGCGGAAUCAGCCCCUGUAGUGACAAAGGAGAGCGAGCAGAAUACCGCGGAAAAACCUACCACACCUGGCAAGGAUUCUAAGGAGAAGGAAGGACGAAAAGGAAUUCUGGAUGCUAUUCGGAUACCUUUGGUAUCGUCAGUUUUCUCCAAAAAGAAGAAAGAAACUGACGCUGAGUUAGGACCGACUGGCGCCGCAGGAUUAGCGAGCGUUGAGACACUCGAUGACGGUGCUGCCGAUAAAAAUAUUAUCGCCAACGAAGAUGGUAUGGAAACUGUACGUCUUGAUGGAGAGGACGGAGCAGAUGGUGCCGAACCACCAAAGCAUCCCCUGGUGGUUUGCAUAUCAACACUCAGAAGACACAUGCUUUUGUCAGUGGUGAUUCUAUUGAUCCUGCUCAGCGUUAUCGUCAUCGUUUGCAUUGCUUGCGCUGGACCCAGGAAAACGAUACACACUCAUCCUUUGAAGGACGGCAAAUACAUCGAAACGGUGACAUCGUGCGGACCGGUACAGGGCGUCUUGGAGGACGGCGCCUACGCGUUCCGCGGUAUUCCCUAUGCGAUGCCGCCGGUCGGCAACCGUCGUUGGCAAUCGGCCGAGCCUUUGACCCGUAUCGAGCAUUGCUGGAACGGCACUUAUCUGGCGCAUAACUCCUCCGAGAAUUGCUGGCAGCGUGAACCAACAGGUCCUAACACAUACGGCGCGGAGGAUUGUCUCUAUCUUGACGUGUUUACUCCGGCAGUCCGCUAUGGCUCUCCAUUGCCCGUAGUUGUUAUGAUCGGCGCCGAGACACUGAGUGGUGGUUCACCCGGAGUAAUGCAACCUUCAGCCAAGUUAGCGCGCGUUCGCGAUAUGGUGUUCGUGCGGCCAAACUUCCGUUUGGGGGUUUUCGGAUUCUUGGCAGCCGAGCCUCUCACCAGAGCCACUCAUCCUCCGACUUCGGGUAACUACGGAUUAUCGGAUAUCAUAGCGGUCCUUCAGUGGGUGCAAUUGAAUAUCGAACAUUUUGGCGGCAAUAAAACGUCCGUCACUCUUUGGGGACAUCGGGCAGGCGGUACUCUAGUGACGGCGCUGAUCGGCUCUCGCCGUGCCAAAAACCUCUUUUCGAAGAUAUGGAUAUCCAGCGGUAGCGCAAUCUUCCCAGGCAACGAAUUAAACCGAUCUGAGGCUCUGAGCAGAAGCUUUCUCGACACAAUUCGAUGUAACGACGCCGCUUGUUUAAGAAGUAAGAGCGCCGUGGAACUCAUGGACGCUGUACCAGAGACGUGGUAUAUGGGUAAUGUGAACUUGCCUGAAACAAAGGAAGCCGACAUCUCCAAGGAUAAAAGACACCAGUGGCUCGUUUUGGACGGUAAUAUUCUUCAAGAACACGUCGGUCAUAUCCUGGCAGAAACCAAACUUACAGUAAAAGUGGUAAUGGGUACUACCGCGCAUUCUGGUACACCACCGCGAUUCUUAUCGCCAAACAUUACCCUUAAUGCAACACAAGUUGAGAAAUAUGUACGAGAGUCCCUGCUCGGAACUUUGAGCUUGGCAGACGAAGCUCUCAAGCGCUACAACGCCACAUUGAAAGGACUCGUUACAAUGAUUUCCGACAUUCGUGUAGUCUGCCCGUUGCUGACACUUGCCAGGAGUAGAACCGAUGUACCAUUUUACAUAGCCACUCAACCUCGUCGUGGAUACUUGGCCGAUCCCGAUAGCGAUGCUGCGGCUAUUCUAGGGACUUACGCCGCUGUCGCACCUGAAGAAAAGAGACAUGUGUCAGCUAUGCAACAAUUAUUUAAUCAUUAUGUGUGGCAUGGCGAGGUCGCGCAAGCUGAUCCAUCAGGCGCGAAACGAGUUUUAGUUGUUGGUCAAGAUACAUUGCUCGAACAGAAUCAUCCUAAUUGCGAUUUCUGGAUAAACAAAAAUAUCGUACCUAUGUAUGGUCGGGUCGAUUGAAAAGAUUCUCAUCGCUAUGUAGUCUCCGUGUUAAGAUCUGAAAGCUUGUUUCCCGAAUAUAAAUGCGCGCGCGUUGAAUUUUCCGGAGACAAGAUUCUUUCACGGCACAGAUAUGUACUUUUGACUACUUAAAUAGAUCAAUACGAUAAGUGUUGUAUGAGAUUACGCGGAUUAAACAAUUAAAUUUAAUGAUCAUGCCUUUGUGGUGCAACGUAUAAUAGUAGUACCUGUCCGAAACAUGACAAUUAAUUAAUGUAAAAGCUAAAAUAUAAAAUAGCAAUUUAAAAAAAAAGAAAUAAAGAAAUUUAUAUGUAGAUAUUUGUGUGCCGACGUAUGAAUUCGUUCUCAGUGCUAAAAAAUUAACGGUAAUAUUUUACAAAAUGUUUAGCGAUGAGAAGUGAAUAUUGUUUGUUAUAUCCGUGAUCCGUGCGUUCGACCACAAGGCACGUGGAUUAUUAUGUAUGUGUAUAAAUGUGAAUCAAAUUGUAAUAUAUUGAGUGCAAAAGCAGAGAAGAGUGUGACGAAGAAGACGUGCAGAGAAACUACAAACAUGUAGUUUAAGAAAAAGGAAAAAGAUUGAUAUGAAUGGCAUAUAUUAUACAAUGAAUUCUUACAAGAUGUGUAAAGACCAACAAAAAGGUAGAACAAGAAGUAGCACCUUCAGCCUUACAAGAUGUUUGGAUUAAUUAUAUUUUGAAAAAAAUUUCUUUCUGAAAUUUGAACUUAGGACCGACACAUUUUGAUACAAUCAAGAAUUUAAUCGAAAACUUUGCAUGUAAUAAUAAAAUGUAAAGUAUCUUAUUCUUUGUAUGCCUCUUCGCGUAUCCAAUUCUCAUAGAUAACAAACAUAAAAUAACCUGAAAAGUGUAACAAUAUACAGUUGUAAGUAGAUUAUCGGCAUAUUAUCAUGGCAGGAACGACUUUGUAUCUUUAUGCAUAAUGGACCAUGGUUUUUUGCGCAUGUUAUAAAAAAUAUUUUUAAGUCAGAAAUGUCUCUUUUGAAAAAACAUAGUAUGGAGCACAUAUGCAUUUAUCGCGUUUGUGGAAGCAAACUUAUCUCUCUACCUUCUUUUAUUAACAGGUUUUUAUAUGAAAACGCAUUUUUAUUAUGGAUAUUUUAUAUAUAUAUAUAAUACUUAGUUCGAGGGAAAUAUAAUUCCUUUGCACAAUAAAGGAUCUGCAGAGACUGUAUGCAUGUAGAGCAGUAUUCAGCUAUCCAGUUAAGAAAUCCUCAAAGAGACUUUCUAUCUUAUUCAGACUGAAGCUGCCAAAUUUGAUAUUUUUUAUAUUGUAUAUUAUCUACUUGGAUAAUAAAGAUUUUUUACUAUAUAGAGAAUAUUUGGAUUCAACGCAUGCAUCAUGUAUGUGAUCGAUAAUUUUUCUGCACGCCUCUCUUCCGUAAACGCGAUUCAUGUCCCAGAAAUGACAAGUGAUCUUGAUAAUCUUUUUUAAUUAAAAGAUCACUCAUAAUUAUGUAUUAUGACUAUAUUAACAAUCAAUGUGUUAUUAAGUAAUUUAAUUUAUUUUCACACUAAUAUAUGUGAUAAAGUAGUAUUUACUCCUGCAUAAGAUUUAUUUUAUUUUAUACAGAUAGAUUAGAUCAUAGAUAAUUAAUUAAUAUUUUGUAUUACUUUCAUAUUACACACAUGCAAACAGAGAACAACAGCAUCGAUGAUAAAUGCCUGUAAUGAUGUAUAUUGACUGAAACAAGUCAAGUAAUUCAGAAUACUAUAAAGUUUCGAAAGAAUAUUGCUAGUAUAUUUUUAUUUAUAUGUGAGUAUAAGAUAAA